AUGUCUCGUAAUGCCACUGACAGUAACAACUACAGUCAGAGUUAUAAAUUAGUAGUUGUCGGAGGCGGUGGAGUAGGAAAAAGUGCCUUAACUAUUCAGUUUAUUCAGUCAUAUUUUGUAACUGACUAUGAUCCAACAAUAGAAGACUCCUACACAAAGCAGUGUGUGAUUGAUGACCAUGUAGCCAGACUGGAUAUUUUAGACACAGCUGGCCAAGAGGAAUUUAGUGCAAUGAGGGAACAGUACAUGCGUUCGGGCGAAGGCUUCCUAUUGGUGUACUCUGUGAUUGAUAGAAGCAGUUUUGAGGAAAUCUACAAGUUCCAUAAACAGAUAUUGAGAGUUAAAGAUCGAGAUGAAUUUCCAAUGCUGUUGGUAGCUAACAAAUCAGAUUUAGAGUCUCAGCGGUUGGUGUCAUCGACAGAGGGUCAAGAACUUGCUCACAACUUAAAGAUCCGUUACAUAGAAGCUAGUGCAAAACACAGACUCAACGUUGAUCAAUCAUUCUAUGAACUGGUCAGAAUUGUCAGAAAAUUUCAAGAAGAGGAGAGACCACCCGUGAAACUCAACAAUCGCAAACGCAAGAAAUGUACAGUUCUGUGA